AUGGUUCUGGAGGUGGAAGCAAUGAUGCAGGUAUUACGGAAAUUUUACUGCAUACUCAUAUUUACACUUAUUAUAUCGGUGAAAAUUAAUAUUGUGGACAACCGACCACAAAACGUAACCUGUCCCUUGGGAUAUGGAUCCAUUCUCAACGAUUGCGUGACGGAUUCAACAGAUGAUGUCGAACGAUCAGAUCUCAAGAGAUAUUUGGACAAAGAGUCUCAGAAUGUAUCAAACACAAUCGAUUUGGAUGAUGCCGUUAGCAGAGACAUUGCAAUAGAAAACUUAUUGGACAUCGAUACGGUUGGCAAUGCAAGGGAUGCUGAUACAGAGUCGACUACCUCGGAGACUACGAUUCCAACGGUGAGCACUACAGAAACAACAACAGAUGAGACCACUACAGCUGAAGUCUCCACUACAACUGAAGAGUCGACUACCUCGGAGACUACGAUUCCAACGGAGAGCACUACUGAAACAACAACAGAUGAGACCACUACAGCUGAAGUCUCCACUACAACUGAAGAGUCGACUACCUCGGAGACUACGAUUCCAACGGUGAGCACUACUGAAACAACAACAGAUGAGACCACUACAGCUGAAGUCUCCACUACAACUGAAGAGUCGACUACCUCGGAGACUACGAUUCCAACGGUGAGCACUACAGAAACAACAACAGAUGAGACCACUACAGCUGAAGUCUCCACUACAACUGAAGAGUCGACUACCUCGGAGACUACGAUUCCAACGGUGAGCACUACAGAGACAACAACAGAUGAGACCACUACAGCUGAAGUCUCCACUACAACUGAAGAGUCGACUACCUCGGAGACUACGAUUCCAACGGUGAGCACUACUGAAACAACAACAGAUGAGACCACUACAGCUGAAGUCUCCACUACAACUGAAGAGUCGACUACCUCGGAGACUACGAUUCCAACGACUACGAUUCCAACGGUGAGCACUACAGAAACAACAACAGAUGAGACCACUACAGCUGAAGUCUCCACUACAACUGAAGAGUCGACUACCUCGGAGACUACGAUUCCAACGGAGAGCACUACUGAGACAACAACAGAUGAGACCACUACAGCUGAAGUCUCCACUACAACUGAAGAGUCGACUACCUCGGAGACUACGAUUCCAACGGAGAGCACUACUGAGACAACAACAGAUGAGACCACUACAGCUGAAGUCUCCACUACAACUGAAGAGUCGACUACCUCGGAGACUACGAUUCCAACGGUGAGCACUACUGAAACAACAACAGAUGAGACCACUACAGCUGAAGUCUCCACUACAACUGAAGAGUCGACUACCUCGGAGACUACGAUUCCAACGACUACGAUUCCAACGGUGAGCACUACAGAAACAACAACAGAUGAGACCACUACAGCUGAAGUCUCCACUACAACUGAAGAGUCGACUACCUCGGAGACUACGAUUCCAACGGUGAGCACUACUGAAACAACAACAGAUGAGACCACUACAGCUGAAGUCUCCACUACAACUGAAGAGUCGACUACCUCGGAGACUACGAUUCCAACGGUGAGCACUACUGAAACAACAACAGAUGAGACCACUACAGCUGAAACUACGAUUCCAACGGUGAGCACUACUGAAACAACAACAGAUGAGACCACUACAGCUGAAGUCUCCACUACAACUGAAGAGUCGACUACCUCGGAGACUACGAUUCCAACGGUGAGCACUACUGAAACAACAACAGAUGAGACCACUACAGCUGAAGUCUCCACUACAACUGAAGAGUCGACUACCUCGGAGACUACGAUUCCAACGGUGAGCACUACUGAAACAACAACAGAUGAGACCACUACAGCUGAAGUCUCCACUACAACUGAAGAGUCGACUACCUCGGAGACUACGAUUCCAACGGUGAGCACUACUGAAGAAACAACAACAGAUGAGACCACUACAGCUGAAGUCUCCACUACAACUGAAGAGUCGACUACCUCGGAGACUACGAUUCCAACGGUGAGCACUACUGAAACAACAACAGAUGAGACCACUACAGCUGAAGUCUCCACUACAACUGAAGAGUCGACUACCUCGGAGACUACGAUUCCAACGGUGAGCACUACUGAAACAACAACAGAUGAGACCACUACAGCUGAAGUCUCCACUACAACUGAAGAGUCGACUACCUCGGAGACUACGAUUCCAACGGUGAGCACUACAGAAACAACAACAGAUGAGACCACUACAGCUGAAGUCUCCACUACAACUGAAGAGUCGACUACCUCGGAGACUACGAUUCCAACGGUGAGCACUACAAGAAGACAACAACAGAUGAGACAACAACAGAUGAGACUAGCUGAAGUCUCCACUACAACUGAAGAGUCGACUACCUCGGAGACUACGAUUCCAACGGUGAGCACUACAGAAACAACAACAGAUGAGACCACUACAGCUGAAACUACGAUUCCAACGGUGAGCACUACAGAAACAACAACAGAUGAGACCACUACAGCUGAAGUCUCCACUACAACUGAAGAGUCGACUACCUCGGAGACUACGAUUCCAACGGUGAGCACUACAGAAACAACAACAGAUGAGACCACUACACUGAAGUCUCCACUACAACUGAAGAGUCGACUACCUCGGAGACUACGAUUCCAACGAGUCGACUACCUCGGGGACUACGAUUCCAACGGUGAGCACUACUACGAAACAACAACAGAUGAGACCACUACAGCUGAAGUCUCCACUACAACUGAAGAGUCGACUACCUCGGAGACUACGAUUCCAACGGUGAGCACUACAGAAACAACAACAGAUGAGACCACUACAGCUGAAGUCUCCACUACAACUGAAGAGUCGACUACCUCGGAGACUACGAUUCCAACG